GGCUCGUCAAGAUCCAGUUCCCUUCAAAGAGCCAUAAAUCCCAUCUCUACUUUUCCUGGGAAACGGGGCAUUAUUCCAAGCCAACAGAUGGCGCCUGUGCUCGUGAAAGCCGUUCUGUUCCCCACUUUCUCCCUGUAGAAGAAGUAGUUUGUCAGUCGCCCAGUGAGUCUCCCAGCAGACAGACCUCUCAGCAAGGUGUCUGCCCAGCCACACGCGACGAGUCUGCCGCGAAGACACCCCACCCUGCCCCGGGUCCCCUCACCAAAGCCUCUCCCCCGGUGAUACCAGCCCUCCGUUAUCCACCAUGGCGACGAGUGCCAAACGAAAGCAGGAGGAGACUCAUCUGAAGAUGCUCCGGGAAAUGACGAGCCUUCCCGCGAAUAGGAAAUGCUUCGACUGCGACCAGCGCGGCCCGACCUAUGUCAACAUGACAGUGGGCUCCUUCGUGUGUACCACCUGCUCCGGCAUCUUGCGAGGACUGAAUCCCCCACACAGAGUGAAGUCCAUCUCUAUGACCACAUUCACACAUCAGGAAAUUGAGUUCUUACAGAAACACAGCAAUGAGGUCUGUAAACACAUCUGGUUGGGCCUCUAUGACGACAGGACAUCAGUUGUUCCAGAUUUCCGAGAACCACAGAAAGUAAAAGAGUUCCUUCAAGAAAAAUAUGAAAAGAAAAGAUGGUAUGUUCCUCCAGACCAGGCAAGAGUAAAUGUUCAGGCCUCGGUUUCUGGAUCCUCAGCCAGCAGCACUGGUAGUACCCCCGAAGUCCAACCCCUUAAGACCUUGCAGCUCAACAAGACUCCUUUGCGCCAGUCUCCAGGGGUUGGUCGUUCCCAGGCUCACUCCGCUGCUCAGGAGAAGAAGUUUGACUUGCUCUCUGACCUGGGAGGAGACAUCUUUGCUGCUCCACCCACUCAAACCUCCAGCUCUACCAACUUUGCCAACUUUGCACAUUUUCCAAGCCAGUCGGCAGCACCUCAGGGUAAUACAAAUACCAACUUUGCCAACUUUGAGGCAUUUGGAAACACUACGAUUCCAUCCCAUCUGAGCACGUCACCCCCAUCAAAGUCCUUUUCAUCAGGUGGAGGUGUGCCAAUCCCGAUUUCUACAGCCGUCCCGACUCAAACCCACUCAGGGAGCUGCUCAGAAGACCGCUAUGCUGCUCUAGCUGAGCUGGACAAUGAACUUUCAGUUGUCUCCACGAGCAGCAAUGUGCCAGGAAAUAUAUUUGGACCAGUGCUUGGUUCAUCACCAGCCCAGAAUCCACCUGUGUUACCCAGCAUGCAGCCUGGCUUUGGAGCCGUCCCAUCCACAAACCCCUUUGUUGCUGCAGCCGUUGCCCCAGAGAUGGCCACCAACCCUUUCCAGACCAAUGGCAGAGCCCCAUCUGCAGCCUCGUUUGGUACUGGCUCUAUGAGCAUGCCCGCCGGCUUUGGGAAUGCAUCCUCCUACUGCCUCCCGACCAGUUUCAGUGGGAACUUCCAACAGCAAUUCCCCGGCCAGGCCCCAAUCCCUUACUCUCAACCUGCGACCUACCACCCUCAGUCUAAUGGCCCUGCAUACCCAGUCUACGGCCAGAACAAGCCUUCCAUGACGCCCUUUGGGCCGCCCAUGGCUGGCCCUGGCAUGUCUAAUAACCCAUUCAUGGCGGGAGCUCCAGCAGGGUCAUUCCCUUCGGGUGGUAUGUCCACCAACCCUUUCCUGUAGCACAACUCCAAGUCAUUGCCACCAGAGGGCAGCAUGCAGCACAUAUUCAACGCACCCAUCAUGCAAUUAGAGGCAGUGCAUUUACAAAGACAAAAAAAGACUUGCUUUUUUUCCUCUUUUUUUUUUUUUUUUUUCAUAAAAUAAGUUUACAACACUAUGAAGGAGUACAAAGGACUAUACUGAAGACUAAGGGACUGUUAUUGGGAUUAUAUACUUUUUGGACUAUUUACAAUGUAUGCUUUUUACUUUUUGUUUAUGACUGUAAGCUCUGUGCAUAUCAUAAUUUGUAAUCACAGUUAAGUACAUGUUAUAUAUAACAAGGACUGAGUUAACAAGGGUGAGUAUACACACACCUUGUGGGGAAAAUCCCACUACAAAGUAUCUAUGUAAGUAAGGGUAUACACAUUAGGAUUAUUAACAGGGUGUCUUCCAAAUCCAUGAUCUGUGGUGUGAGGUAACCAUGAGGAUACUGGCAUUGAAUUUUCAAAAGGGAUUACUUUUUUUUCUUUUUCUUUUUUUUAGCACAAUUACUACUGUACCAGCACCAUGGUGCAAUAUGUCCUUUAUUAACAUACAGAUCCAGGUUCAAGUUGCUUUUUUUUUAAAAAGCAACCAAAUGUCUUUAUUUUCAAACAUUCCAGAAAGGUGGAUGGAACACUAAAACUUGGACUGUAAGACAUCAUUUUAGACAUUGCUAAUAUCUGUGAAAUUUUAAACAUUAGGCUUAAUUUGGGUUUGUUAUCGAGGCCAGCUCCUUGAAUAUGAGACCAGCAGAACUGUCAGAUGUUUCACGCCUCUGGGUAAAUGUACAGACAUCUGUAGCACAACUAACGGGAAGGGACAAAAAGUCAUUAAGGCAUUAAAAAGAUUGGCUCUUCAUUCCGUUACUCUGCUUAGCCGUUAGAAUAUUGGUAAAUUGUUAGAUAUACUGCUAUUUUCCUGUCUGCUGCUGGUUGAAGAUUUCAGAUUCCCACCAUACUUAUCAAAUAUCGUAAUGAAAAAGAAAAGUCUGUUGAGAAAGCUUGAGGGUCGUGGGUUAUGGCAUCUUCACAUGAUUGCAGGUGAUGUCCUCCACAUGUUAUGACAGGUUAAGCAGACCCGGCUGAGGCAGAAGUUUUUAGAAACAUUUGAAAACAAUGUUUAUGUAAUGUUUAUCUCUUUACCACACUCCCUUUUUUAUCUUUUUUUCCUCCUUGCCUUCUGGUUGUAAGGCUUUGGAGUGAAGAACUGGACAUAGCUUUUAGCUAAGGCAAGGUAAAAGUACCUAUUAAAACUUGGCGGCUAAUACAUUAUCAAAUCUGCCUGGGACCCCUGAGAAAUGUGGUCGUAAAUGUGCCACCAAUGACUAACAUUGAGUUUAUUGUAUUUACAUGAAUAGGUAAGUAAAUGUGUACAUAUAUAAAUAUAUGUAUAAAUAAAUUAAAAGAUUUUUAACUACA